GUUAAACAUCAGCUCGUUUCUUCUUUCAGUUUGUUUUUAAUCAGAGGGAAAGAUGGCCGACUCGGAUGAGCCCAAAGCUACCUGCACUUUUCUGUUUAAAAAAUCAAGCAAGAAAUUCGCCGCCCGGAAGAGAAAAGCAAGUGACAGUGAAAAAAGCGGCAACAGCGAUGAAGACAAAACAGUCAUCAGAAGGCAAAAGAAGACCAACGUUCCCAAUCCAAUGAUUCAGAAGUCAAAGCGUGCAGAGCGGGAGAAGCUGUCCUCUAGCGAGAGCGAAAAUGAAAAAGAGGACAAGAAAAUCACAGUAGCGUAUAAAUCAUCGCGAUCAGCGAAACCAGAGGGUCCCGAGGAUAUGGGUGCUACUGCUGUCUACGAGCUGGACACGGAGCGAGACAAAGACGCACAGGCCAUCUUCGAACGGAGUCAGAAGAUCCAAGAAGAACUAGAGGGGAAGGAAGAUGAUAAAAUCUACCGCGGGAUGAACAACUACCACAAGUUCAUCAAACCCAAAGACUCCACCAUGGGAAACGCUUCCUCUGGCAUGGUCAGAAAGGGCCCCAUUCGGGCUCCGGAGCACCUGAGGGCCACAGUGCGCUGGGACUACCAGCCUGACAUCUGCAAGGACUACAAGGAGACAGGCUUCUGUGGAUUCGGGGACAGCUGCAAGUUCCUGCACGACCGAUCGGACUAUAAACACGGCUGGCAGAUCGAGAGGGAGCUGGACGAGGGCCGCUAUGGGGCCAACGAUGAGGAGAAUUACGAGGUGAGCAGCGAUGACGAGGACCUGCCCUUCAAGUGCUUCAUCUGCAGAGAGUCCUUCAAAAACCCCAUCGUCACCAAGUGCCGGCACUACUUCUGCGAGACCUGCGCGCUGCAGCACUACCGCAAGUCCAAGCGCUGCUACGUCUGCAACGUGCAGACCAACGGCGUCUUCAACCCGGCCAAAGAGCUGAUGGCCAAGAUCGAGAAGCAUCAGGCACUGGCAGACCAGCCUCCCUCCGAUAACGACGACUAGCUCCAGACACCAUUUCAAGUUUAUUUUGCUUUCUCUUAUUGUUUAAUUUGUGAUGUACAGUAUUAAGUCACAUCUUUUUGGAAUAAAUGUGUUUUGAUAGGCUGU